AUGCAGCAAAGACGAAAAACAAUCAAAUCAUUAAAGGUUGUCCGACUUCCUAGAGACCCUUAUGGGCUAGUCACUGAAGAGAACGGUGACGAAUGCGGAGACAAAGCUUUAGGAGUCAGCGAAGAAAUGGUUUACCAGCCCAUGAAACUAAUGAAACACAUGACCAAUCACUAUUACGGAACCCAACAAAUCCGAGGCCUCAGCAAAGUUGAAGGUCUAACCUGAAUCCCUCCCGACCGCGAUUUUCGGCAGAGUAUUUUUACCGAACUUUUAUAUGAUUACGUCGAAAACAUGACUUCAAAGGUUGAAAUCCUCAUAGGAGUUUCCAUGCAAGAUGAAGAUGCAAAAAGUUUCAAAAACACCGUUCUAGGCAUCUCAGGACAUCUAGAAGAGUUCAGAAAGGCUGGGAUUUCCCCUGACCAGGUCUGCUGCGUUGUUAUUAUAGAUGGCAUGAAACCAUUCAUCGAAACAUAUUUAAAGCAAAAAUUUUUUUUCGCUCAGUUUUUUGACGAAGAAAGGAUCAAAGCCUUUUUCAAUGUUUCUGAUGUCCACGAGUGCAAAAUUCCUAGUGAAAACGAAGAAGAUGAAUUUGCUCAUUGUUUUAUACAGAACGCCUUUUUUGAUAACUGUGAUUUAGGGCUUCAAAUGAUUUUCUGUGUAAAGCAGAAAACAAGGAGAAAAUUGAACUCACAUUUGUGGCUUUUUGGAGGGUUCUGUGAAAUGUUUAACCCGAAUAUUGUAUUUUUGAUGGAUGCUGGGACAAAGCCUGCAGCCAAAUCGCUGUUUUAUCUAUAUGAGGCGCUGAAGGUGGAUAAUGAUCUAGCAGGAUGCUGCGGAGAAAUAAAGCCUGUAGAAGAAAAUAACUGGAAUUUAGUUGGCGGGUAUCAGGCUGUGGAGUAUAAAUUUGAACAUAUUUUUGGCAAAACAUUGGAAAGCCUUUCAGGGUUUGUCACGAAGCUGCCAAGUGCAUUUUGUGCAUAUAGAUGAGAGGCGCUACAAGGAGAUCCUCUAUGGAAAGAAUAUUUUAAAUCAAUUUGCCACCCAGAAAUGAUGGACGCUUUCCAUGCAAAUAUUUAUUUAGCAGAAGAUAGAGUACUUUGUCACGCUUUAGUAACAAAAAAGAAUAGCAGCUAUAAGCUAAGAUAUGUUUGGAAAGCAGCUGCAGGAGUGGAAAUUCCAAAAUCACUUGCUGCGUUAAUGGCACAGCGCAGGAGAUGAAUAAAUGGGUCGUGGUUUUCGCUGAUUGACAUGCUGAGACAUACAACUAAAAUUUUUAAAACAAAUCAUAACUGCUUGCGCAAGCUGUGCUUUACUUUGCAGAUGGGGUAUUAUAUGGGCUGUGCUGAAAAUGCCAUAGAAGGGCAAUUUUGGGUAUUUUUGUUGAUUUAAGCUAAAAAUUUAAAAAAUUCUAUUUUUUACCAAAAAAAUUUGACUUAAUUACUAUGGAAAACCCCCAUAUUAUAUGAUCACAGUUCUAUUUUCAUGGUUUUUGGUUGGGUCUUAUUUUUUAGCUAUGGCUUUAACCGUAAGAAAAGUGUUCCCAAGCUACACAAAUGACUAUGACCAAUCAGGAUUUGGAAAUUGGGUAAUACUUAUAUAUGUUGGCCUUGUAAUUAUAGUUUGAAUCUUAGCGCUCUCAGUUAAACCCAGAAGACUAGAAGACGGCUAUAAAAUCUUAUCAGCUGCCUUUGGAGGCUAUAUAUUUUUCACAAUUGGUAUAAUACUUUAUGAUUUCAUUACACUUGCUGUUGGCAUUUAUUGGCUUGGUCUUGCUUGCGCAGCCAUAGUCUUUUUAUUCUUUUUUGACCUUUUUAUUCACAACGCUUUAAGUACUGUGCAUAGAUAUAUAUAUAAAAUGGCGAUGAAUCCGAUCCAUCCUCUCAUGUGACGAUUACCCAUGCAGUCUCAGGCAUGGCUUUUGGAGUAGGAGUUUGCUCAAAAACGUCUAGUGUCUUUCACCGAAGGACUUGAGCAUAAAUCUCCAGGUUUGCAGCCUGAUUCAAUGGACAGUUUUUAUAUAUUAGCAGCAUCCAGACGAAUAGGCGUUCGAAAAGGAGCAGGGCGGUUUCUUUACUUGUUUCAAUUAAUAAGGAAUUGCUAUGCUAUAAACCAAGGCUAAGCUGUCUCUCAAGACUAAUCUAAUCUAAAGUACUGUAUGUAAAGGUAUUUUUCACUAUAUAUUUUUGAUCCCAACCCACGUGAAUAUUUUCCUUACCUAUGCGAUUUGCAAUAUGCAUGAUAUUUCAUGGGAAAAAGACACAGAGCCGUUAAAAGUCUCAGAGCGUGCCAGACUUGACGAAUAUGAAGAAUUCCGAGCUAAAUGGUCAAUUAUCUGGGUCACUUGUAACGCUUCACUUGCUUAUUUUUUUAAUUUAUUUGACAAGCUGGAGCUUGACUUUGAGUUUUCGUUGUUUUACUAUAUUGCAAUUGUAGGAAUAUUUAUUAUGGUCACAAGGUGCUCAGGAAGCUUACUUUUUGUGCUGCAAGAAGCCUGUUGCAAGAGGAAAAUGGAAAUUAAUAAAGACUUGCCUCCGGUGGUUCGGCAAAAGAAAAGGCGAUAUACAGCGAAAAAAGCAACAGUUGCCCCUGAUCAGACUACUGGCAUGGACGAUCCAGCGACUUUAUUUGCUAAUGCUGAAACUCCCAGGAACUUUCUGGCUGAUGAUAAAUGGGACUCGAUGAAUUUGCUGAGAAGUUCUACAAUGACAAAAAUUAAUGAGUUUGAAAUUGGAGGGGUGAAAAGGUCUGGAACUCAAUAUUUUUCUCCUGAUCAGAGAAAAAAGACAGUUAUUCAGACUAUUACAGUUGUAGACCCACUUGCAGAAAUUACAGGGCAAUAUUUAAGAGCAAUUAGGAUGAAGAAAAAUUUAACGAUUAAGCAGGUGUCGAAAAUGACAGGGAUAAGAAAGUAUAGACUGAAAAUUAUAGAAAAUGGAAUUGAUCGACCUACUCGUGAAGAAGCUCAAACCAUUAAGAAUGAACUUGGAGAAGAUUUAAUGCGGUAG